UGAACAUCAUGAGAAUGACUAUCGGGAACAUUCUCACGGAAAAGAAUACAGACUUGGAGGAAAUCACAUGUAUUAUAUCUGUCUUCUACGGAAUGUUUACCGCUUUGCAAAUGAAUAAGCAUGUAUUUCAUUUUCAGAAAAUUUCAUAACAUUAACGAUUGACCUCGAAGGUGUUAAUUAUAAUCGUGUUUCAACCAUGUUGUCGCAGUGGAGAACACCGGAAACCAUCCUAGUCCACACUUUAUAUGUUUGGUUUUCAAAGAUGGCGUCGAGAAGGAAAAACGUGACUCGAGCUGAAGAAAGUAAAGAUGAAAAACAAGAAAUACAGACGAUUCCUCGACCCAACAUCUCACGUGUUAAGAACAAACAGAUACGAUCUGAGUUAUAUCGUAAAAUGAAAGCUGAGAAACGUAAAGAAAAGCUGAAAGAGAAGAAGCGAGAGAAACAAGAGGCUGAAGCAAUGGGUGAAGAGGCUCCUCCCAAAAAGGUGCCAAAGACAAUCGAGAGUAUGCGUGUAUUUGACGAGACAAUGGUCAACACCCAGGAUGAAGAGGUUAUGAAAGAUGAGUCUCAAGAUGAGAUGUCCUCAUACUUCAAUAGAAAGACAACACCCAAGAUUCUCCUCACAACAACUGACAGACCCACCACUAGAACAAGAAAGCUGUGCAAAGAGUUGAAGAAAGUUAUUCCGAACAUUGAGAUUUACAAACGACGGGCACUAGAUCUGAAGAAAGUAAUCCCUCAAGCACUUGCCAAAGAUUUCACAGAUAUUCUGGUCAUUAAUGAAGACAGAAAGGAACCCAAUGGUUUAGUAAUCUCUCAUCUACCGGAUGGACCCACAGCACAUUUCAAGAUGUCUAGUGUUAGACUGACAACAGAUAUCAAGAAAUUAGGCCGUGUGACUGACCACCACCCAGAGGUGAUGCUAAACAACUUCAACACACGACUAGGCCACACUGUGGGUCGUCUCCUGGCCUCCCUCUUCCCACAUGACCCAGAGUUCCAAGGGCGGCGUGUGGCCACCUUCCACAACCAGAGAGACUUCAUAUUCUUCAGGCAUCACAGAUAUGAAUUCAGAAAUUCAAAGAAAGUUGGACUUCGUGAAUUAGGUCCAAGAUUCACUCUAAAGCUGAGAUCACUUCAGAAAGGAACAUUUGACUCCAAAUAUGGGGAAUACGAAUGGAUACAUAAGCGCCAUGAAAUGGACACGAGCAGGAGGAAGUUCUUCUUGUGAGGACACUAUCAUAUGGUGCAGUUGAUCACUCGUGACGUUUCCCAAACAAAAGACAUUGUUGGACAUUCACAAACCAACUGGUUGAAUGAAUGUCAGUGACUCAUUACCACUUGGUGGGGAUGGACUGAUGUGUCCUUACAUGUACAGACUGUAAAUAAAUGUCUUU